AUGUCUCUGACGGCCGAUCCGCCAGCAUGCACUGUCCCAGCUGCGGGAGGUGCUUCCACCCACAAACUUGUCAAUGCUGGAGCUGAGAAGAUGAUCUUCAAGAUCAAGUCUUCAAACAACAACGAGUACCGUAUCACACCAGUCUUUGGAUUCGUUGAUCCAUCCGGAUCCAAGGACAUCACAAUCACUCGUACUGCUGGAGCACCAAAAGAAGACAAACUCGUUGUUCACUUUGCUGCUGCUCCAGCUGAUGCCACUGAUGCUCAAGCUGCGUUUGCUGCCAUUACUCCAGCUGGAACCAUCACAAUUCCGAUGUCGGCAACAGCUUGA